CUAGCCGGCGGCAUCCAUCUUGUUUAAUUUGUGAGUUCGUUUUCGAAGCGUCCUAACUUGCUUAGUGAACGAUCAACAAUUUUGUCUUUAUAAAUUGUUAAACAGUGUUUGGUUUGCUAAAAAUCUAGUUCAAAAUGCGUGAAUGUAUCUCAAUCCAUGUUGGCCAAGCUGGUGUCCAAAUUGGAAACGCCUGUUGGGAGUUGUACUGUUUGGAACAUGGCAUUCAGCCUGAUGGCCAAAUGCCAUCUGACAAAACUAUUGGAGGCGGUGAUGACUCUUUCAACACCUUUUUCAGUGAGACAGGGGCAGGCAAGCAUGUGCCACGAGCUGUCUUUGUUGAUUUGGAACCAACUGUUGUAGAUGAGGUCCGCACUGGAACAUACCGUCAAUUAUUCCACCCAGAACAACUGAUUACUGGCAAGGAAGAUGCUGCCAACAAUUAUGCACGUGGUCACUACACAAUUGGCAAAGAAAUCGUUGAUGUUGUAUUGGACAGAAUUCGUAAAUUGGCUGAUCAAUGCACUGGUCUGCAAGGUUUUCUCAUUUUCCACUCCUUUGGAGGGGGCACCGGUUCAGGAUUCACCUCCCUGCUCAUGGAACGUCUGUCUGUUGACUAUGGAAAAAAAUCAAAAUUGGAAUUUGCUAUUUAUCCUGCACCUCAAGUUUCCACUGCUGUUGUUGAGCCAUACAACUCUAUUUUAACAACCCAUACCACUUUGGAACAUUCUGACUGUGCUUUCAUGGUAGACAAUGAGGCUAUCUAUGACAUUUGCAGAAGAAAUUUGGAUAUUGAACGCCCAACAUACACUAAUUUAAAUAGAUUAAUUGGUCAAAUUGUAUCUUCCAUCACUGCAUCCUUACGUUUUGAUGGCGCCUUGAAUGUCGAUUUAACUGAAUUCCAAACUAACUUGGUACCAUACCCACGUAUUCACUUCCCAUUGGUAACUUAUGCUCCAGUCAUAUCUGCUGAAAAGGCUUACCAUGAGCAACUCUCUGUUUCUGAGAUUACAAAUGCUUGUUUUGAACCAGCCAAUCAGAUGGUGAAAUGUGAUCCUCGUCAUGGAAAAUAUAUGGCUUGCUGUAUGUUGUACCGUGGUGAUGUCGUUCCUAAAGAUGUCAAUGCUGCCAUUGCUACUAUCAAGACCAAGCGCACCAUUCAAUUUGUGGAUUGGUGUCCAACUGGUUUCAAAGUUGGUAUCAAUUAUCAACCCCCCACAGUUGUGCCAGGAGGUGAUUUGGCUAAAGUACAGCGUGCAGUUUGCAUGUUGUCCAACACCACUGCUAUUGCAGAGGCUUGGGCUCGUUUGGAUCAUAAAUUUGACUUGAUGUAUGCUAAGCGUGCAUUUGUUCAUUGGUAUGUAGGAGAAGGUAUGGAAGAAGGUGAAUUCUCUGAGGCUCGUGAAGAUUUAGCUGCUUUAGAGAAAGAUUAUGAAGAGGUUGGCAUGGAUUCUGGUGAUGGUGAAGAAGAAGAUGGUGCUGAGGAAUAUUAGACAACUUCAAAACAUGCUUAUAAAAUUUUUGAAUGAAAAUUUUAUUUGCUUGGCAGGUCACUUAAAAUAAAAUUACUUUGCAG